UGAGGCCUGACUUUUUUCAAUAAAACAUUGUGCACUUCUGGGCCUCCUGCUGCCCCGUCUCUAUUUCUCCUGGCACCAAGUGAAGAAGGCGGAACUGAACCCCGACCCAGAGCCAGCUCCCUGAGGCUGUGCCCCUUUCCGGCAAUCUCUGGCCACCCCCAUUGGCCAGGCUGCCCCUCCCACGAGCCCUGGGGCCCCUCCCACCCUCACUCCAGAUGAAGCCAGCCCAGGACUGCUUCAUUGGGCAGUAGGCACUAGGGCUGGAAUGGGGCCGCCCGGCUCCCCAUGGCAGUGGGUGCUGCUGCUGUUGGGGCUGCUGCUCCCUCCUGCCACCCCCUUCUGGCUCCUCAAUGUGCUCUUUCCCCCGCACACUACGCCCAAGGCUGAGCUCAGUAACCACACACGGCCCGUCAUCCUCGUGCCUGGCUGCCUGGGGAAUCAGCUGGAAGCCAAGCUGGAUAAACCUGAUGUGGUGAACUGGAUGUGCUACCGCAAGACAGAGGACUUCUUCACCAUCUGGCUGGAUCUCAAUAUGUUCCUACCCCUUGGGGUAGACUGCUGGAUCGAUAACACCAGGGUUGUCUACAACCGCAGCUCUGGGCGUGUGUCCAACGCCCCCGGUGUACAGAUCCGUGUCCCUGGCUUUGGCAAGACCUACUCUGUUGAGUACCUGGACGACAACAAGCUGGCAGGUUACAUGCACACACUGGUGCAGAAUCUGGUCAACAAUGGGUAUGCGCGGGACGAGACAGUGCGGGCCGCCCCCUACGACUGGCGGCUGGAACCCAGCCAGCAAGAGGAGUACUUUGGGAAGCUCGCUGGGCUGGUGGAGGAGAUGCAUGCUACUUACGGAAAGCCUGUCUUCCUCAUUGGGCACAGCCUUGGCUGCCUGCACUUGCUCUAUUUCUUGCUGCGCCAGCCCCAGUCCUGGAAGGACCGCUUCAUCGAUGGCUUCAUCUCUCUUGGGGCUCCCUGGGGUGGCUCCAUCAAGCCCAUGCUGGUCUUGGCCUCAGGUGACAACCAGGGCAUCCCUAUCAUGUCCAGCAUCAAGCUGAAAGAGGAGCACCGCAUGACAACAACCUCUCCCUGGAUGUUUCCCUCCAGCCGGGCAUGGCCUGAGGACCAUGUGUUCAUUUCCACGCCCAGCUUCAACUACACAGGCCGUGACUUCCAGCGCUUCUUUACAGACUUGCACUUUGAGGAAGGCUGGUACAUGUGGCUACAGUCACGUGACCUGCUGGCAGGACUCCCAGCACCUGGUGUGGAAGUAUACUGUCUGUAUGGUGUGGGCCUCCCAACGCCACGCACCUACAUCUUUGACCACGGCUUCCCCUACACAGACCCCGUGGGUGUGCUCUAUGAGGACGGUGAUGACACUGUGGCCACGCGCAGCACUGAGCUUUGUGCCCGCUGGCAGGGCCGCCAGCCACAGCCUGUGCACCUGCUGCCUCUGCACGGGAUACAGCACCUCAAUAUGGUCUUCAGCAACCAGACACUAGAGCACAUUAAUGCCAUCCUGCUGGGUAACUACCGACAUAGCACCCCUGCAUCCCCAGCUGCCAGCCCAGGGCCCCUGCCCCCUGAAUAAAGACCUUCUUUUGCUGCUGUAA